UAAGGAAAAGAUAAUCCAAUGUUUCUCAAUGUUCAUUUCCAGAUGAUCAGCAGAUAGAAGUCUCCAUUCUAAUUCUGAUCUGAUUCCCGAGGCAGUAGCGACAAGUGCAGGGCCGAGACAGGAACAUGUCACCGGUCGGAGUGCAACUCCGGAUUGAAGAUCGUCAUGUGGUAAUGGACAAUGGGAUAGUUCAAGUGACCCUGUCGAAUCCAGAAGGUAUCGUCACCGGCAUAAGCUACAAUGGAAUCGACAACUUGCUUGAAGUUCGCAACGACGAGUCCAAUAGAGGGUACUGGGACCUUGUAUGGAAUGCACAACCAAGUUCCACGGGGAAAUUCGACGUGAUCGAAGGAACAAGCUUUGAAGUUGUAGUUGAAUAUGAAGACCAAGUAGAGAUAUCCUUUAAGAGAACUUGGGAUAGCUCUCAGGAAGGCAAGAUGGUCCCACUCAACAUAGACAAGAGGUUUGUAAUGCUCAGAGGCAAUUCGGGCUUCUACUCAUAUGCCAUUUACGAGCAUUUGAAGGAUUGGCCUGCUUUCAGCCUCGGCGAGACCAGGAUUGCUUUCAAGCUUCGGCAAGACAAGUUUCAUUACAUGGCAAUGGCGGACAAUAGACAAAGGUUCAUGCCAUUACCGGAGGACCGGUCUCCUCCGAGAGGCCAACAGCUUGCCUACCCAGAAGCCGUCCUCCUCGUGAAUCCGAUCGAACCCUCACUUCGGGGAGAGGUGGACGACAAGUACCAGUAUUCGUGCGAUAACAAGGACAGUCGUGUCCACGGAUGGAUAUGCACCAAUGAUUCGCCGGUCGGGUUCUGGCUGAUCACCCCGAGCAACGAGUUCCGGACCGGCGGGCCCGUCAAACAGAAUUUGACCUCUCACGUGGGCCCCACGACCUUGGCGGUGUUUGUGAGUGCACAUUACGCGGGCGACGAUCUGGUUCCGAAAUUCGAAGCCGGGGAGGAAUGGAAGAAAGUUUUCGGACCAAUCUUUCUCUAUUGCAAUUCUGCCUUCCAUGGAGUCGACCCUCUUCCUAUUCUCUGGGAGGAUGCUAAAUUCCAGGCUUUGUGUGAAGCCCAGAGCUGGCCCUACAGUUUCGUAGCUUCCGAGGAUUUUCCAGCAUCGGAUCAAAGGGGAAAUGUCAGCGGCAGAUUAUUGGUUAAAGACCUGUACAUUAGCAAUGAUUAUAUACCAGCGAAGGGCGCCUAUGUCGGAUUGGCUCCGCCAGGGGAUGCCGGCUCCUGGCAGAGAGAGUGCAAGGACUAUCAGUUUUGGAGCAGAGCAAAUGAAGAGGGCUACUUCUCGAUCGAAAACAUACGUGCUGGAGACUAUAAUCUCUAUGCUUGGGUACCUGGAUUCAUUGGAGAUUACAAAUACGAUGUUGCUGUUCCCAUCACACCGGGAUGUCAUAUCGAUACGGGUGAUCUAGUAUAUGAGCCUCCUAGAAGUGGACCCACCCUGUGGGAGAUUGGGAUCCCUGACCGGUCAGCAGCAGAGUUCUACGUUCCCGAUCCCAACCCAAAGUACAUCAACAGACUCUACGUAAAUCAUCCCGACAAGUUUAGACAGUAUGGAUUAUGGGAAAGAUAUGCAGAGUUAUAUCCAGACAGUGAUUUAGUUUACACAGUUGGUGCCAGUGACUCCGCCAAGGAUUGGUUCUUCGCACAAGUUACCAGGAAGAAGGAUGAUAAGUACCGCGGGACCACAUGGCAGAUACGUUUCGCGCUCGAAAAACCGAACCCGACCGGCGGUUAUACACUCCGUAUAGCGCUUGCAUCCGCAACACUUUCGGAGUUACAGGUGAGGGUGAACAACCCGAAGGGCAAUCCUGUCUUUUCGAGCGGGCUGAUAGGGAGGGACAACUCUAUUGCAAGGCAUGGGAUUCACGGGCUGUAUUGGCUUUUCAGAGUGGACAUAGAUGGCGCACGGCUCGUCGACGGGGACAACAUCGUCUUUUUGACACAGCCAAGGAGCACUGGUCCCUUUCAGGGCAUCAUGUACGAUUACAUCAGGCUAGAAGGUCCCCCUUCAUCUUCCUCUACCCCAUCAAAACUAGGAACAUAAAACAAUGCCAUUCCUAGGAAAUUCCCAUUUCCAUACGCCCGCUUCCGCAUUGUAAUGUGUACGGUCUUAGUCGUUUUGAGACGGUCGAUGACGUGAUAUUCUUGUUCAAAGAGUUCUCCUUAUGGAUCUA